CCACAUUUUGAACUCAAUUUCUCGCAGCCAAAAGAAGAUUGGGAAGCCUGAAAAACAAAACCCCCAAUUUUGAACCCAAACCCUACCCAUUAUUUCUCUUUCCCUUCCCAUUCGGCCAUUCCCACUUCCUCUCUCCUCUGCACAGAACCUUCGAACCCGACCUUCAAACCCACCCAAAAACCUUCCUUCAUCCUUCCAUCUGAAGCUCCUCCGGUUGACGGCGACCGAAGGAGAAGCGCAUUGGUACGGCGAGCGACCAAUGGACGGACCAUCAGACCAGCACUUCGAAUUUUCCGAUGUGCUCGUUGAGGAAUUGGAAGGCUUCGCCGAUCCAACUGAGAAGGAGGCCCAUAUUGAAGGAGAUUCACGUAAUAUGUCCAACUACACGGCUGACAAGAUUCCCUGCGAUGGAGUGGAGGUUAUAUCUGAUUUUAUAGGCGACAAUGGUUUGGAAGGGAAAAUGUUAGGUGUUGAAAAUGAGAUUAUUGUGCGUGAGGUUGGUAUGAAAUUUGCGGAUGAGAUAGAGGUAUUUGAAUUCUACAAAAAAUAUGCUUACCAAGUAGGGUUUCCUGUUAGAAAACGAAACACGAAGAGGGGAGAUGAUGGGAUGGUACAGUAUGUGAGUUUUACUUGUAGUCGAGAAAGUCAAUGAAGCCGUAGCAACCAAACAUCUUUGAAUCCUACACCAACCAUUGAGAUAGGGUGUAAAGCGAGGUUAACUGCAUGUUAUGAUACCCGUGGAAUAUUUAGAAUAAAUGUUGUACAUUUAGAGCACAACCAUAAAACAAGCCCGUCUAAGUCUAGAUUGUAUAGAUGCAAUCGACAACUUAGUGAACAUAUUAAAAGACGACUUGAGGUGAAUGACAUAGCAGGAAUCCCUAUGCAUAAAAGCUAUAAUUCAGCUGUAGUGGAGGCGGGGGGUUUCGAUAUCAUGACAUUUGUUGAGAAGGAUUGCAGAAAUUUCAUUAAUAAAGUGCGGCGUUUAAGACUUGGUGAAGGGGACGCCACUGCAAUACAAGCAUAUUUCUCGAAAAUGCAAGCACGUAGUCCUGGUUUUUUUUUUUUUUUUUUUAGUAUGGACUUGGAUGAAGAGUGUAGGUUGAGAAACGUGUUUUGGGCAGAUAAUAGAAGUAGAGAAGCGUAUAAGGAAUUUGGUGAUGUCGUGACUUUUGACACCAUAUAACUUACUAACAAGUACGAUAUGCCGUUCGCUCCUUUUGUAGGCAUAAAUCACCAUGGGCAAUCAACUUUAUUAGGUUAUGGGUUGGUUUCAAAUGAAGAUACAAACACGUUUGUUUGGUUAUUUAGGACAUGGCUUGAAUGCAUGAAUGACAAGGUUCCCGAUGGCAUCAUUACGGACCAAGAUCGGACAAUGCAAAAUGCAAUUGAGAACUAAAGUACAGAAGGAAUUUCUAGCUGAUUUUAGAUCAUUCUCACAAAUGGUUCCAUGGGUUACUAUGUAUGAUAUGGAGAAAUAGUUUCAAGAAGUGUAUUCUAUCACAAAAUUUAGGGAAUUCCAACAGGAGUUCACAUGCAAGGUGUACUGUGACAUUUUAUCUGCUGAAGACUUUUAUGGAUUAACAAAGUAUCAGGUGCGAGAGGAUAUCAAGAGCAAUGGAGGGAUGAAGAAAAAAAUGUUUACAGUUUGUUUUCGUAGAGAUAGUUGUGAGGUUGAGUGCAACUGUCGUUUGUUUGAGUUUCGAGGAAUCAUUUGCAAGCAUGCCAUCUCAGUGCUAGUACGAAAUGAUGUGUCAUUGUUGCCUGAAAAGUAUGUUAUGAGGCGGUGGAGGAGAGAUGUUAGUAAACAAUACAUGCGGGUCCCAACCACGUAUGAUGGUUUGGUUUGUACUGCUAAACAAGUGAGGUAUGAGCAGUUUUGUGCUGCAUUUACGAAGAUGGCUGACUUGGUAGCGAGAAAUGAGGAACGAUCGAAGAAUCUCUUGCGGUGGAUUGAAUUCCAAACAAACGAAUUGGCUUUAUCAAAAUGUAAUAGCAUUGAAAUGCAUGGAUUUGAAGAUACGAAUGAUGCAAACAUACAAAUUCUAGAUCCAAAGUUCACCAAACGAAAGGGUGCACCAUAAAAGAUGUGCGAAAAAAGUCCAUUGGAGACACAUUCGAAGAAAUCAAAGGGUCGCAAAAAGGCUCUUGUCAACUCCGAUGUCGCAAACACUAGUAUGUUUGAGGAUGCACAAGUUCAUAACGUGUCAUCUUCGCACGUGUCACAUCAUUUUGGGACACAAGGGAGCACGCAAAACUGAUUUUUGGGAUGCAGGAGAGCAUGCAAAGCUAGGGAUAUGAAGGGUGCGGAAUCUUAUUUUUUGUUUAUGGGAUGUAAUUUUUUUUGCUUUUGUUCAUAUGAAGGGUUGCCAAAUCGAUUUGGCUUAUUUAGUUAAUAUAAGGCUGCCGAAUCUGAUUUUUUGUUUAUGGGAUGUAAUCUUUUUUGCUUUUGUUAAUAUGAAGGGUUGCCAAAUAGAUUUGACUUAUUUUGUUAAUAUAAGGCCGUCGAAUCUAAUUUUUUGUUUACGGGAUGUAAUCUUUUUUGCUUUUGUUAAUAUGAAGGUUGCCAAAUUGACUUGGCUUAUUUUGUUAAUAUGAAGGCUACCGAAUU